AUGGCGACGUACAAGGUGACAGUGACGACUGGAGACCUGCCGUUUGCAGGAACAUGGGACGUGGUCAGUGUGACACUGCUCGGGUCAGAGGGACAGAGCAAAAGAAUAGAGCUCUCUUCUAUAGGAUUUGAGUUUUCAAGAGGAAAAGUAAAAACAUAUACCAUAAAAAAUGUUUGCUCUCUCGGGACCCUGCUUCUGCUCAGAGUGGAAAAACACCCCUGCUUUAUUUUCCCAGAAGACAAGUGGUACUGCUCUAAAAUAGAGGUGACUACGCCUGAAGACAAAACCAUCCUGUUUCCCUGUUACCGAUGGAUAUCCAGAGGGGAGCCUGUGGAGCUCCGAGGUGGCAGAGCAACGCUGUUUUUUGAGGAUGACCAUCAACUUCUGACUGACCAGCGGAAAAAUGAAUUACAACUUAGAAAAACAGUGUACCAGUGGAAGUUUAAUUUUGAUGGACUGCCUCACGGCUAUGAUAAUGAGUCAAAACCCCACGCAGAAGACCACUUCACAGAGUCCAGAUCUACAAACUCCUUUGAAGAAACGCUCAAAGGAAUGUUCAAGUCUAAAGAAAAAUGGAAGUCAUUUGAAGCAAUGAAGUGCCUGUUUGGUGUCAAGAAGACAGCAAUGAUAGAUUAUGUGUUGGAGAACUGGAAAGAGGACAGAUUUUUUGGAUAUCAGUUUUUAAAUGGGGUUAACCCAAAUGUGAUCAAGCGCUGCUCAAAACUCCCUUCAAACUUUCCUGUCACAAACUGGAUGGUAAAGCCGUUUUUGGCGCGAGGUUCUUUUCUGCAAACAGAAUUGGAGAUCGGGAACAUGUUCAUCUGUGACUAUAACAUACUGGAGGGAAUAGCCACUCGUGUUGUGAAUGAACAAGCUAUGUAUGUGGCGUCAGGCUUCUGUUUAUUCUAUAUUAACUGUGACAAGGAACUAGUGCCAAUUGCAAUACAGCUUGCACAAAAUCCCUCAAACGACAACCCCAUCUUCCUGCCCACUGACUCGGAGAGUGACUGGCUGCUGGCAAAAAUGUUCAUCAAAAACGCAGACUACCUGCUGCAUCAGGGAGUCCAACACUUACUGAAAACACAUAUGUUAGGAGAAGUCUUCGCUAUGGCAACAUACAGGAACCUCCCCUCAGCACAUCCAGUUUACAAGAUGCUUAUUCCUCAUUUUCAAAGAACUAUCCACAUCAACAAGAAUAUCUAUGAUCAUGUUUUCGGACCUGCAGGGUCUUUAAGCAUUAGCUCACUCGGUGCAGAGGGUAUCCAGGAGCUGAUGAAGAGGGGUUUCUCUGAAUUGAAAUACAGUGCCCUCUGCUUGCCUGAUAACAUCACCGCACGAGGACUGGACACCAUCCCCAACUUCUACUACAGAGACGAUGGCCUGAAGUUGUGGGGGGUUUUAAAUAGUUUUGUGAAAGGAAUGACAAGGUACUACUAUCUGUCGGACGGGGAUGUGGCCAAGGACCCAGAGCUGCAGGAGUGGGUCAAAGACAUCUUCAUGCAUGGAGUCAUUGGAAAUUCUUUCUCAGGGUUCCCAGAAACUUUAGAAACCACUGACGAACUUAUCAAGUUUGUUACUAUGAUCAUCUUCACUGUGUCGGCCCAACAUGCUGCUGUCAGUAAUGGCCAGUUUGACUAUCACUCUUGGAUUCCCAAUUGUUCACCACUCCUUGUUCAGCCCCCUCCAAUAAUCAAAGACAAAUCGAGCAUGGACAGCGUUGUGGAAGUUCUUCCGACUGUUGGCGAUACCGCGAUUUUUGCACAUGCUGCUUUUUCACUGUCAUACAAAUAUAACAACAUGGUCCCUUUGGGCUCGAAUCCUGAUGAACAGUUUGACGAGGCAGAGUCAAGGCAGGCCCAGAAAGAUCUGCAGAACGACCUGCUCUUCCUCAGUGAGGCUAUCAGAGAAAGAAACUCAAAGCUUCAAGUGCCCUACAACUAUCUAAACCCCCCAUAUGUGGAGAACAGCAUCACCAUUUAA